AGUUGUUCCCGCCUACUCCCUUCCACUUCCAGGUCAGGGGGUAUGUCCAAAAGAAAGGAGGAAGCAAAUUCCGCCGGUUUUCGCACGCCAGACACGCCAGUAUGACUUUCUCCUUUCUGGGAGUCUCUCAGCCUGGAACCGCCUCUUUAGGAAGUUUCUUCACCUCUGGCUUUACUAUUCCUGUAUCUUCUUGAUUAGUUUCCCGCAAUUCCACAGAUUGAAGAAUACUGCAGAGAGAAGGGGCUAUAGUAAACAAGCGAAGCUCAUUCCCUGGGUGGGGCCUCCUAGAUAAGGCACUUGGCUACAGAGUUAUGGAGAAGCGCCUGCAAGAGGCUCAGCUGUACAAGGAGAAGGGGAAUCAGCGUUACCGGGAAGGGAAGUACCGAGAUGCUGUGAGUAGGUACCAUCGAGCUCUGCUUCAGCUGCGGGGGCUAGAUCCAAGCCUGCCCUCCCCGAUACCUAAUCUAGGACCUCAGGGCCCAACCCUCACACCUGAACAAGAAAACAUACUGCACACGACCCAGACAGACUGCUACAACAAUCUGGCUGCCUGUCUCCUUCAGAUGGAGCCAGUCAACUACGAACGAGUGAAAGAGUACAGUCAGAAAGUCCUGGAACGACAGCCUGAUAAUGCCAAGGCCUUGUAUAGGGCUGGAGUGGCCUUUUUCCAUCUGCAGGACUAUGACCAGGCCCAGCACUACCUCCUGGCUGCUGUCCAUAGGCAGCCAAAAGAUGCCAGUGUCCGGCGGUACCUCCAGCUAACACAGGAGGAACUCAGUAGCUACCAUCGGAAAGAGCAGCAGCUGUACCUGGGCAUGUUUGGUUAACAAGAAGAACGAUGUUCCUCCACCUGAACUUAGAUGAACCAUUAAAGACCCAUUGAGGGGAAACCUGA